AUAUGUGAGGCAAAAGAAAGACCCUUACUUUGGUGUCGGACAAAGGAAAAAGGACUGGCAUAACAAAGAAGCUAUAAGGAGAGACUCUGAGCGUGUAGGAAAUGGAGAACAGGGAAAACCUUACCCAAUGACUGAUGCAGAGCGAGUGGACCAGGCAUACAGAGAAAAUGGCUUUAAUAUCUUUGUGAGUGAUAAAAUUUCUCUGAAUCGUUCCCUUCCAGACAUCAGACAUCCAAACUGCAAGAAUAAGCUGUACCUGGAGAAGCUUCCGAACACUAGUGUGAUAAUACCGUUCCACAACGAAGGAUGGUCCUCUCUCCUCCGGACAGUGCACAGUGUCUUAAACCGCUCCCCUCCUGAGCUGAUAGCAGAGAUAGUGCUGGUGGAUGACUUCAGUGACAGAGAACACCUGAAGAAACGCCUGGAAGAUUAUAUGGCCCAGUUCCCAAAUGUAAGAAUCCUCCGAACCAAAAAGAGAGAAGGGCUGAUAAGAACUCGAAUGUUGGGGGCCUCCAUGGCAAUAGGGGACGUCAUCACCUUCUUGGAUUCCCAUUGCGAGGCCAAUGUAAACUGGCUGCCACCUCUGCUAGAUCGCAUUGCCCGAAACCGCAAGACUAUCGUUUGCCCUAUGAUUGAUGUUAUUGAUCAUGACCACUUUGGAUAUGAGACUCAGGCUGGAGACGCAAUGCGAGGUGCAUUUGACUGGGAGAUGUAUUACAAGAGGAUCCCUAUUCCUCCUGAGUUACAGAAACUUGAUCCCAGUGAUCCCUUUGAGUCUCCUGUAAUGGCUGGAGGACUGUUUGCAGUCGAUAGAAAGUGGUUCUGGGAGCUGGGAGGGUAUGAUGCAGGUCUGGAGAUAUGGGGAGGAGAGCAGUAUGAAAUAUCCUUUAAGGUAUGGAUGUGUGGGGGGCGCAUGGAGGACAUCCCUUGCUCUAGAGUUGGUCAUAUCUACAGAAAGUAUGUUCCAUACAAGGUUCCAACAGGAGUCAGCCUGGCAAGAAACUUGAAGCGGGUGGCUGAGGUGUGGAUGGACGAAUAUGCAGAGUACAUAUACCAGCGUAGACCAGAGUACCGGCAUCUUUCUGCAGGGGAUGUCGCAGCUCAGAAGGAACUUCGCAACAACCUCAACUGCAAAAGCUUCAAGUGGUUCAUGAAUGAGGUUGCGUGGGACUUGCCAAAGUUUUACCCACCAGUGGAACCUCCAGCAGCUGCCUGGGGAGAGAUACGCAAUGUAGGAACUGGACUGUGUGUGGAUACUAAGCAUGGAGCCCUGGGAUCCCCACUGAGGCUGGAAAACUGUGUGAAGGACAGAGGAGAGGCAGCGUGGAACAACGUGCAGGUAUUCACAUUCAGCUGGAGAGAAGACAUCCGUCCCGGGGAUCCUCAGCAUACCAAGAAGUUUUGUUUUGAUGCCAUUUCCCACAUCAGCCCUGUGACCCUCUAUGACUGUCAUGGAAUGAAGGGGAACCAGCUCUGGAGAUACCGACAAGACAAGACCCUCUACCAUCCAGUAAGUGGCAGCUGUAUGGACUGCAGUGAGAGUGACCGAAAGAUCUUUAUGAAUAGCUGCAAUCCUUCAUCUCCAACACAGCAGUGGAUAUUUGAACACACAAACUCAACCGUCUUGGAAAAAUUUAACAGAAAUCUUGAUCUUUAAAAGACUGAGAAAAUAUAUAUAUAUAUUUUACAAUUAUAGUUUUUACUGGGGAGGGUUGCAAAAAAUUUUUUUAAGAAUACUUUUUUUUAAACAGUUAAUGAAGGUAAAAGGGAGAAUCUCAGGAGAAGGUUAACUAGCAGGCCAAUCUUUAUUGCAAAGAUGCUGCAUCCUUCUCUUCUGUGGAUGGUGGAAUUUUAAAGGCUUUGCCAGAGCCACUUCUUUGCUGAGACUGAACGGAAACUCUGUUUUUAGAGGAGUCUGAAUGUGAUUCAAACUGCUUUUUUUUUUUUUUUUGCUUUGUUUUGUUUUAUUUCCCAGCUGGGUCUGGUGUUAAAUGAUUUUGUUAUCCAGGACCCUCUAGGACUUUUUGUAGUGGCUAUACUACCCGCUGAAGCAUUCCCACAUAGGUGCUUUAUCUUCCAAAGUCCAUAUAAGUAAAAUCUUGAACACAAGAUUUAAUCCUGUGAUCAAAAAAAAAAAAGAAAGA